AAUUUGAAGUAAAAUGAGAGAAAACAAAACAUUUUCCUAAAAUUUGUGAGCAAGAUGGGUAAAACUCGUGUUGAAUUUAACUUAUUAUUUUUUUAUGUAUGAAAUUUCUUAGCAAUGAAAAAGUGGGCGUGUGUUUGUUUUGUGACUUUUGCUGCCAUCGGUUUUUGCACAUUGGCAUUUUUCCUCAUAUUUUUGAAAACGGAAGUCAUGAAUCACAACAUUUACAGGGCAGCUGUAUUGGAAGUGGUUCCCCAUAGAAAUUCAUCUCUUUCAUUUAGGGAAUUGGUGAUUAAAAACUUAGAAACAUAUGUAUCCGCAGUAAAGAUUGCAUAUGUGCAUGAUGUUGAUGUUAUUGUUUUUCCCGAAAACGGACUAAUUGGAUCAAUCAGGGAAAGAAGUAAACUAAUAUAUUCAAUCAUGGAAAAUGUACCUAACCCUAAAGAACAAAACUAUGUUCCAUGUUCGCAGACGGAACUGUUUAAAGACAGUCCUGUUUUGCGGAUAUUCAGUUGUUUGGCAGUAUACGGGGGGAUGUAUAUUAUUGCCAACAUGAUUGAUUUCAAACCAUGCAAUGACUCAAUGUUUGCAGCAGAGAAUUGCAUGAAUAUGGACUGUCCUGAUGAUGGAAUUUACCUGUUUAACACUAAUGUCGUUUUUAACAAAGUUGGAAAACUUGUUACAAGGUAUCAUAAGCGACAUUUAACAUUUGAAGACUAUUUAAAUCCUUCGAAUUGCAAAAGUGAUGGUUAUUUUGAAACUGAAUUUGGAAAAUUUCUCACAAGCAUAGGUACAGAUUUAUUUGAUGAAGAAUCAAAUAAGGUCAUUGAGAAACUUCUGCCUGACACCAUUGUCUACCCAACGUGCUGGGAAGAUUACACACCAUUAGAAUUUCUGUCCUCUCCAUUCCAAUCAUCGUAUGCUUUUACCCGUAACAUAAACCUACUCUCUGCAAAUAUGUAUGAUAUCUCGACCAGUAAAACGAGAAGUGUAAUAUAUUCUGGUACAAAUGGUCCUUUAAUAGUUUCAAGCGGCCCAUAUAAACACAAUACUCUAUUAAUAUCGAAUGUGCCAAAGAAUCCAAAAGACUACAGCAAACAUUUUAUUUUACGACGAAAAAAGUUUCUAAUAAGCAGCAGCGAUUAUUAUGAAGUGGAUUUCAAAGAGUCAAGAGAUUAUAAACACAAAUGCGAGAGUAGGUUACAAGCCAAAAUCGAUAAAAUAUACAAAGGAUCCUACUGUUACCCAAUUAACUCAACUGAUUUGAAUUCCGUUAAGCUCAAAAACUCUGAAGACAUCAUAAAUAUUUGCAUGAAUGGUCUUUGUUGCUCCCUAACGUAUAAGGCAAGAAAAAUAAAAGAAGAUUACUUUUUCUUGGUUUCGUCCUACGAUGAUACAUCAUCUGAUGGCGCAGCAGCUAAGUAUGAAUCAUGCAUUUUAACACGAUGCAUAUCAAUGGAAGGUAAAAAUUGCACGCACUUGACAUCUCAAUCUAAAUCAAUUUUUGAUGAAGUUCAAGUGAAAGGAGUUUUUAGAAGUAAAUAUGUAUUUUCUGUAGCCUUAAAAAGUGGUAUCAAAUUAACAGGAGAAAAUGAAUGCAAAUUUGAUGGAAUAUCUAGCAUUUCUUUUAAAAACAGUCAGAAUAAUUCUCUACUUACUUUUGGCCUUUUUGGCCAUAGUCACAAAUGAAAAAUUAAUAAGUGUUAUUCAAAUAGCGAUUAUGAUGUUGGGUGGUGCCUAAACACCUUAUUCGCAACUUAUUUUUAAAGUUGCGGUAGUACGUAUAAACACGCUUGGUGUAACGCAAACAAAUUCUGGUGCAACAUGAACCUUUUUAUUGAUCUUCAGUCUGCUGAUCCUUAAAAUAAUGUUAGAAAUAAUCCAAUUGAAACUGGCCAUGGUAAUCUGGAGGUAAUAGGGAAUACUGUUGCUAUUAAUUCUAUCCUACAGAAAUUGAAUUAGAUUAAUAUGAGGGUAGUACCCAAAACAUACUCCUUGCUGCAUAUUAUUUAAAUUUUGGUGGAAGAAGAAUUGAUGGUUACUGAGUGGAAUAUUCGUUAAUAAAACUCACUUCUUCAUUAAGCUUGAAUAUCCCCUGAUUUAGAUGCACAGAAUUCUCUAAUAGCAGUUAGAUACUGUCUAAAUUUAUCAUGAAUGGAAUCUGUGUACCUCCAUCGCCACAUAAAUUCGGCGAAAUACGAAUCGGAAAUGGUGUCUGUGGUACCUGACAGGAGGUGACAUUUUUUUCUAAAGUCCCUUUUUAUGACUGCCCACAGACCUUCGAUCUUUUUGACCAGAAGCAAAAGUAAUCUAACCAGCUAGUAUCUAAUGUAGAACUAACGAACCUCUGAAAUUACAUAUACCAUUGAACAUUUAAAAAUAACGCUAAAAUCUAAACCUAUCAGAAUCACGAUUGGGUUCCAACAUCGCCCAGCUUGGCGAUCAACCGCGAUCACAACUUGGCGAGAAUCAAGGGGCACCCUCAAAUAUAGUCUACCCGCUUUAUUUCAUUUAAAAUUUGCUUUAAAAAUCUAAAUAUACGAGGAAAAACUGUUUUGUGAUUUUUCAUAUUCGUAUUCUGAGUCUCACUUUUAGGCUUCAGGCUCAUUGUUACUAUCUAUCAUUGGAAAUUCACCGGAUUAAAAUCCACUUGCAAUCACAAGGUAUAUCUUCCAACCAUAUAUAUUCUUCUACUUUCUACAAUAUUGAAGAAUUUCUUAUUAUCAACAAUGAGGCAGCUUGGUAUGAGACUUCUAGGUUGCGGAUUUAUCUUAGCGAAGUUCACGGAAACAGGCUUUCUUGUUAAAUCAAUUUGGAUAACAUCUUUUCUAGAAGUCGAGUCUACUGUUUUAAUUAAGCAUCAUGUCGUGUGUUCUUGCAUCCAGAUUGAAUUUAAACUGUUGUAUUUGAGUUACAUAUAGCUAUAAAUUUUGUACUAUGCUUUACUCAAUUACUUUAAAAAAAUAAAAUGAAUAUGGCAUGA